AUGAUUCACAAAAAUGUAGUAUUUGGAAAUCAUAUAACUGCUCAUAAAUUGGAAAGAUUAGUUAAACAAUAGAAAAUAUUGUUAAAAUCUCCAUAUGAUUCAAAUAAAGAGACAAAAAAUAGAAAAAUAUGUAAAUCUAAAAGUUUUAGAUUCGAAUUUCACCCACACAUUUUUGAAGAAUCUCAUAAUUCUCCAUUAAGAAAAUAACUAUAAUUAUAGAUACCUACUGAUAAAAGUCCAAUUAGACGUGCUUCUUCUAAACCAACUUUAGAUUUUAUUUCAAGAAGUUAGAAAUCGAUGACAAGUUUAUCAUUAAAAAAUACUGCUUAACCUAAUAAAUUAUUAAGAAGAUGGAGUAAUUAUGAGUUAAUAAGUGAAAAAUAAAAGCGUCUUAACAACAAAGCUCCAAAAUCAGUCAUUAAAUAUUAAUAUCUUAUGGCUAUGAAAGCUAAGAAAAAGAAAAUUCAUAGAAUGAAAAUGCAAUACAGUAAGUUCUUAUUAAAAAUUUAGAGUUUUUGGGGAAAAAGAAUAAUAAAGUUAAAAAAACCAGAAGUAAAACUUUGCCAUUAGAUCCUGUUAUUAAAAUGAGACACAAAAGAGCUUAAACAGUUUUUAAAGAGUAUAAUGAAGGACCUAUUUAUCCUUUAGAGUAUAGUUUAAUUAAAAAAAUUGCCAAAUUAAUUAUGAUGAAGAAAACAGCAGUUAAAAGAUAAACUUGUUUUUAAAUUCCAAAAAGAAGUAUGCUACUUUCAAAAGAAAAAUUAAUAAGAUUUUAAGAAUAGAUUAAUGAAAAAUUAAUUACCUAAUCAGAAACAGAUAGUUAAAUAGAUGGAUCUCCUUGUUUAGAGUCAUUUAGAGCAUAUUAAAGAAGAGUUAAUUUUGAAGAGAAAAAAUUUUAAAUUAAAAUAAUGUCAAGAAAAAAGAAAAAUCUUAUUAAAGCAUUAUAAAAUAAACAAUCUUUUAGUAUUAUAAAUUCUUAUGUUUCAAAGAAGGCUAAAACUUAAAAUUCAGUUUAAUAAUAAUAAAGUUCUUAAAAUUCUGUUCAUUAAAAAAGCAUAUAAUAAACAUUAUGUGAUUUUAUGUCUAAACAAGGAGAUAGAUUAACAACAUUUCAUAGUGCUCAUGAAUAGCCUUAAAAUAAUUAAAAAAAUAAGAGAUCGAAUAUGUUAACCAAGUUAUUUCCAUAUUUACAGCCAUAAAAAAUCGUCAACAAAUGA